UUAUCAGCAACGGGGCCAAAAUGCGAAAUGCCCCUCCAUCGCAUUUUAAACCCGAUUCAAUAUUCAGGGUUCAGCUUAACACACGACCUAUCAUCCUGACUUCUGGUCUGGCAAGAUGGACCUGACGCAAGCAGACCCUUCUCCGGAAACCCGGCAGCUCCAAUUCGAGCAGGGAGUGGCAAUCUCGCUGCAUAUGUGGUUGUCUCUCACGGUCGCGGUACAAAAUGGACUAGGUGGUCCCGAUUCCGAAGAUAAGCGCGAUUGGUUCGCCGGCGCGAUUGUCGAUAUGUUUCCCAGCUUCGUCGAUCUCGCCAAGCCGCGCAAGCCCGGUCAAAAGCAACCACCCGCCGAUCCUGACUCCGAGGACGUUGAAGCCACAUUGCUGCAGGUGAUGUGGGAUGAAUUCGAGACCAACGUCGACGACGAUUCCGAGCUCGAAGUCGCCGAGCGCAUCAUUAAAGUUCGUACUCAAUGCGCUGCUGGUGAUUUCGAAUUCGUUGAGGAACUGAGGCGCAAGUGGCUGGCUACGAAGGGCAAAGCAGUCAAAAUUCAAGAGGUGGAUGCCGGAGAUCAGGAGACUGAUUGGGAGAGCGAUGGGGAUGACGACGAUGAGGAUGAUGACGUUGAGAUGGAUGAAGCACCUGCCUUGGUUUCAGUGCCUAAAGAGAAGCCGCCCCCAGAAGUAGACGAAGAUGGCUUUACAAAAGUCACUCGAAAGAAGCGCUGAGCACGGUCAUACGAUGUCAAAUUCUAAACUGCAGAUCCCAGGGGAGUGGAAUUGCAGGUACCGACACAGCAAGUCUGGGACGAAGUAUGCUUAAAAUGAUAUAAACAGAGCGUCAAGGCGGACAAAUAUAUCAUGCGUUCGAAGCCAUCCAAUGAAAAAACAGACCAGGACGCCUAUGAGAGUACCAAAUCCGGACAGCCCAUUACAAUAGGAAGAGGGGAAAAUACGUCAAGGAUCAAGCUGUAAAAGUUACUCCCAUUCCUCGUCAUCGCUGUCAUCGCUAUCGCCUGCUUUCCGGGCCUCUUUGGGGCUGUUGGGGGCCUGGCUCGGGUUCCCGGACGCCGCGCCUACAACAUCGUAGCUCGUAUCACUAUCAGGUUGAGAUUUCUCGUCGUUAGACUUACGAGACUCGGAUGGCUUUAACCGAUUCUUCUCCGAAGUGGCACCCGCCUGGGGCGGGUGAAUCGUUGUGGAAGACUCGGCAGAAGCCGGUCUUGCAGGCUUUUCUGUAGGCUUAAUCGGCGCUGAAUCGUCGUCAGACUCUUCCGACUCUUCUUCUGAUUCCUCAUCAGAUUCCUCGCCCCAUCCAAUUUCUUCUUCGGCAGAAGCGGCUAAAUGUCAAUGUGUUAGCUAGAUUUAAAUAGGCAUAGGAAAAAACAACAGACUGCAGCUUACCCUUCAAUAGAUCUCGGCGACGU